GCACAUUCCAAUCGUGCAAUAAAGUUCCAACUUUUAAGCCUUGUUAUGUAAUAACCAAAGAAAAAAAGCGUGUAUAAGCCUUGUCAUUGCCUAUUGCUCAUGGUUCUUCCUCCUCCCUAUUUCCAGGAAACUUCACAACCCCCUUCUUUCCCUAUUAUUUUUUCUUUCCACCUCUUCUUGGUCUAAAUCUUGGUGAAAUCAUCUGAAUCUGGCUCUCUCCUUUAUAUCAUACCAAAAGAAAAAAACAACAACAACAAGGUUUCACUUUUGUGCCGAAGGGGUACAAGUAUUUAUUGAAAUUUCUAAGGAUUUAAUCAUAAAAUCAUCUGUAAGUCCAAGAUAUUUAUAAUGGAUUCGGAUUCUUGGACUCGUUUAUUUACUUCUUCAAGGCGUUACCAAUCUCGAUCAGAUAUCUAUAACUUAGGAGAGGAGUAUAAUUGCGAAGAGGAGUCUAGGCCAGAGUUUCUUUGUCCUUUCUGUGCGGAGGAUUUUGAUAUUGUUGGACUAUGUUGUCAUAUCGAUGAAGAGCAUGCUGUUGAAGCUAAGAAUGGGAUAUGUCCGGUUUGCGCAAAAAGGGUUGGAAUGGAUUUGGUUGGUCAUAUUACUCAGCAACAUGGAAAUAUUUUAAAGGUGCAGCGCAAGAGAAGAUUUCGAAGAGGUGGUACUUCGGCUCUCUCUAGUUUAAGAAGAGAGCUAAGGGAAGGGAAUUUGCAGUCCAUCAUCGGGGGAUCCUCUCGUUUGGUUUCUUCCUCCACUACAGAUCCAGAUCCCUUGUUAUCUUCAUUCAUUCACAGUACACCUUUGGCUAAUGAAAUCCGCUAUGUUCAACCUUUAUCUUCUAUUACACAAAGUUCAAAAGAAGAUAGCACUCUUGAGAACACAUCUGAAAGAAAUGUGCAGCUUCAGCAAUCUCCACUAUCUGACAAAGACCAUGAGGAGAAGGCCAGGAAGAGUGAGUUUGUGCAAGGGCUAUUGCUAUUCACCUUUCUUGAGGAAGACUAAGAAAUAUGAAAAGGAUAAUGUUAGCAUAAAUAGAGAAAAGAAGAGAAGGCUGGGAUUCUGUGUAGUAGUUAGGCGAAAGGGAACUCGUAAAAGUCCUACUAAUGUGUAUAUUAAAGACAACGUUAGUUUUCCAUCUUCAAUUUAGCAACAUGCUAAUAUAUUAUUCUAAUUUAAUUGUGAGGCAAAAAGAAACGAAACUAAAAUUAUCAAGCA